CGAGACAUUAAAGAAGCUGCAGUUGACUGGGACACUUUGUGUUUCGAUGAAUUAACUGGACGUACAAUAAACUGUGUGGAUAACAACGUUGCUGAUCUGUUGAGAUGAUCAGUGGAACUUUAUUUGCUGUGACCCUGUCCCUCUGUGUUGCUUUUGGAGCAGAUCCCCCAGUCCUUCUCCAGUCUCCGACCCUGGAACGUGUCACCGAGGGUCACAGUGUCCGGUUACUGUGCACCGUGAAGAACACCCCAGUGACACACACCGAUGUUCACUGGUACCGGGAACAACCAGGAAGAAGGAGGGAGUGGAUUUUGGUCCAUUACUCAUGGAAUUUUGUCCGAUGGUACUCAGGUUACUACACAUGGAAUUCCAUGCAAUGGUAUUUCGGUUUCAAAAAGCGUUUCCAGUCUUCCAGAAACUCCUCCAGUAAUAGCUUCAUUCUGACUAUUGAAAACGUGCAGCCCUAUGACACUGGGGUCUAUUAUUGCUCAGUCUGGCGAAGUAUCAGUGGUGAAGGAAGCCGACUCAUUGUAAAUAGUACAUCUGGUCCAGUCCUUCUCCAGUCUCCGAUGGUGGAACGUGUCACUGAGGGUCACACUGCCCAGUUACAGUGCACCAUGAGGAACGGAACAGUGGCAAAGACCAUUGUUCACUGGUACAGACAAGAACCUGGGAGUCAUAUGAAGCUGUUUUUAACACAUGACAGAAAUGGUUAUGUAAGACGGGGCCAAGGUUCCACUGAUCGAUUCCAACUUUCCAGAGAGCCCUCCAGUAACAGCUUCAUUCUGACUAUCACAAAAGUGCAGCCCAGUGACAGUGGAGUCUAUUACUGCUCAGUCUGGGGAAGUGUCCCUGGUGGAGGAAGCCAGCUCGUUGUAAAUAGUACAAAUGUCCCUGUCCUUCUCCAGUCUCCAAUCCUGGAACAUGUCACUGAGGGUCAAACUGCCCAGUUACAGUGCACCAUGAGGAAUGCUGCAGUGACACUCGCUGAUGUUCACUGGCACCGGGAGCAGCCAGGGAACAGCACGGAGUGGGUUUUAACAUAUGAUGUGAGGAACAUCACACAAUGGAGCCCAGGAUUCGCUGAGCGCUUCCAAUCUUCCAGAAGCCUCUCCAAUAACAGCUACAUUUUGACCAUCACAAACACGCAGCCCAGUGACACUGGGUUCUAUUACUGUAAAGUGUGGGGAGAUAUCAGUGGGAAUCGAACCCAGCUGAUUGUAAGAGAUCCAAUAGCUGAUCCAGUCCUCAUUCAGUAUCCAGUGGUCAGCAAAGUAGCAGAGAGUGAAACUGUCGAGUUUCAGUGUGCCAUGUACAAUGCCAGUGUGAUUGACACUGAUGUCCACUGGCACUACCAGCGACCUGGCAGCAACAGGGAGUGGAUGAUAAGCCACUUUGUGAAUGGCACCCUCACCACGGCCCAGGGUUUCCACGAUCGUGUUCUGCUUUCCAGGAAUGUCAGCAGGAACAGUUACAUUCUGAGCCUUGUGAAUGUGACUCUCAAUGAUACUGCUGUGUACAGCUGCAGUGUGUGGAGCUACAUUUAUGGAGCAGGGAGUCAGCUCAUUGUAACUGAAGAGUCUUCCCAUGGUAUUCCCCAGACUUCAGGUCCCAUUUCAAUCAUUGGCACCAUUCUGGCCUUCGCUGUCUUGAUCUGCAUUGUCCUGCUCACAUUUUGCCUUUGGAAACAAAAUCUGUGCUCAUCAGUAAAGGACUCCACACAAGGAUCGAACACGGAGCAGUGAGCGAGCAGCAGUUCCUCCUGUUGUGGUAAGGAAAUGGGACACCGCUGUUGGUUUUUGCUGCAUUUAAGAAACAGAAGCCACAUCCUGGAGGAACUUCAGUAUCACCAGAACAAUUGCAAAUCAUAACUUGUAACACACAGAAAGUCUCUGUUGCACAACAGGCUCUGACUGAACGCAAUCAAAGAGAAAUCAAUCAUUUCUGUCUUUUUAAUCCAGACCCUUUCGGACCCUGAGAUUACUUGGCACUCAAACCCUUCCAGACCCUGGGAUUACUGGGCACUCAGACAGUGCAGUAGCUCAGCAUGUGGGUGGAAGGUGCAGGAGGCAGUGCAGUCUCUCACUGAUAUUAUUUGGAGCACACUGCCCUCUGCUGCUCCCUCUAGCAUUGUGCAGAACAACAGCAGGGACAUUGUGGGAACAGCUUGAAUUGCGAGUUCCUUCCUCAGCACUGGCUCUGGUUAUUGGAAUUCCCCAGUUAAGAGCCAGCACUGGGUCAAUGGACAGCCCCAUGCAGAGCUGAGCUUGACCAGGAUGAGGCAAGUCAUGCCUUAAACUGGAGACAUUCAUCACAAUAUUGGAAAAAUAAUGUUUGAUCAUUAAAGUUGGAACAUCCCCAGAAUGUUGCCUGGGUCUCUAGUUUAAUCGUCUCGUGAUAAUCCCACUCAGACAUUGACUGCCCCUCAGCGUGAUUGGUUCCUGUUUUCAUUAUGUUUUAAUCUUGCCUAGUUGUGCAGUUUGGGUUGGUUUUAUUUUGCCAGCCUUUUCCAAAUAGUUGCUCUCAGGAAUAAAGGAGUAGGAGUGGACCAUUCCUUCUUCUCGCCCUCUUAUCCCUGCUAUCCCAUCUUUUGUCUUUCUAUUCCUUACAGUCCAUGUUUCCUCUCCUCUGUUUCCCUUCACUUUGUGUAUUCCUUCCCUUCACUUGAUCUCCUCCCUCUCCAACCAUUUCCCCAAACUUCUUCCAUCUCUCUGUAUCCCUCACCCUCUCAUUAUUUCAUGCCCUUUCUAUGGUGGCUACUACCUUCCCCCCACCCCCCCC